AUGUUUUGCUCCAAGGUCUCUGCCAAUUGCUCUAUUGCUAACGGCAAGCACGGCUCGACCACCAUGCUAACGAGCCCUUGUCAUCAGAGGCCUAAAACGAAGAUCGUUUGCACGCUAGGCCCUUCAUCUCGCUCGGUGGAGACCUUAGAGGAGCUUCUUAAGGCUGGCAUGAGCGUAGCUCGAUUCAACUUCUCUCACGGCACUCACGCCUAUCAUCAGGAAACUCUCGACAAUCUCCGUGAAGCCAUACGCAAAACCGGCAUCCUUUGCGCCGUCAUGCUGGACACCAAGGGUCCCGAGAUACGAACGGGUUUCCUUAAGGAAGGGAAGCCGAUUCAGCUUCAGCAGGGUCAAGAAAUAACCAUAUCGACCGACUACAACAUCAAGGGAGACGAGAAAAUGAUCUCGAUGAGCUACAAUAAGCUAGCCGAAGACUUGCGGCCACAAAGCACAAUAUUGUGCUCUGACGGGACAAUUUCACUCACGGUCCUCGAGUGCAAUAUAGAUCAAGGGCUUGUCCGUUGCCGUUGUGAGAAUACGGCUUUCUUGGGCGAGAGAAAGAACGUCAAUCUCCCGGGAGUUGUUGUGGACCUUCCCACCUUGACCGAUAAGGACAGAAACGAUAUUUUGGAGUGGGGUAUUCCUAACAAGAUUGACAUUAUUGCCCUCUCCUUCGUCCGCAAGGGCUCUGACCUUGCUGCCGUGGAGAACCAAGAAGGGGUGGCAAACCUCGACGACAUCAUCGCCAGCUCGGACGCGUUCAUGGUGGCGAGGGGCGACCUCGGGAUGGAAAUCCCGAUCGAGAAGAUAUUCCUUGCUCAGAAGACGAUGAUCGAGAAAUGCAACAAGCAAGGGAAGCCAGUUGUCACGGCCACGCAAAUGCUCGAGUCAAUGGUCAAAGCCCCACGGCCCACACGAGCCGAGGCCACCGACGUGGCAAACGCAGUUCUCGACGGCACAGACUGCGUAAUGCUGAGUGGCGAGACGGCCGCUGGGGCCCACCCAGUGGAGGCCGUCCGAACCAUGGCUCGGAUUUGUGCGGAGGCAGAGAACUAUCUCGACUAUGAUCGGGUUUUCCAGAAGGCUGUGGCUGGGGCCACGCUUGUGGUUGGGCCCGAGGAAAGUCUGGCCUGUGGUGCGGUGCAGGCUGCGAGGUCGGCUAGGGCUGCCCUGAUUGUGGUGCUGGGCGGGACGAAUGUGGCUAAGAUUGUGUCCAAGUACAGGCCACGCGUGCCGAUUGUUUUAGUAGUGGGAGGGGAUGAGAGGGAGUUUGGGGCUGGGCAGGGGAUGAUUUCACGCGGGGUGAUUCCGGUGGUGCUUGGUUGUGAAGGAUUGAGUGUUGAGGAAGUGCGGGGAUUGGCGCUGAAAGAAGCCGAGGGUAAGGGUUUGUGCAGGUUUGGGGACUUGGUUGUGGUGGUGCAGCACAGUGGAUGUUGUAGCUCAAAUCAAAUUUUGUGGAUUGACUGA